AUGAUCAAAUCGAUUUGUUUUCUCCGGUCUCGUCGCUUUGGGGUGUUUUCUCCUCAGCAGGCGAGAUGUUUCUCCGUUUCGAUCACGCGAAUAAAACAACCAUCCACGACGGCUCCGAGUCCGACCCACUUCGAUUUCUCCGGCGAGAGUCCCGAUGCUGAGCGUACGCUCGUCUCUGCUCUUGGAUCGUGCGCUUCCAAUAAUGACGUCACUUGUGGCCGGCAAAUUCAUUGCCGUGUAUUGAAAUCCGGUCUUGUUUCUAAUGGAUUCAUCUGCAAUAGCGUCCUUAACAUGUACGCGAAAUGCCGUUUCUUGACCGAUGCGGAAUCUGUUUUCCGAUCCCACGCAAUGGUUGAUUCUGCUUCGUUCAAUAUAAUGGUUGAUGGGUAUGUAAGAUCUCGUCGACUUGGGGAUGCGCUCAAGUUGUUCGACGUUAUGCCUGAGAGAAGCUGUGUUUCGUAUACUACUUUGAUAAAAGGUUACGCUCAAAACGAUCGGUGGAGUGAAGCUAUGGAGCUUUAUAGGGAGAUGAGAAAUUGGGGAAUCAUGAUAAAUGAAGUGACAUUAGCCACUGUUAUAUCCGCUUGUUCGCAUUUGUGUGGGAUUUGGGAUUGCAGGAUGUUGCAGAGUUUGGCUAUUAAGCUGAAGCUUGACGAUCAGGUCUUUGUUUCGACGAAUUUGCUGCAUAUGUACUGUGUCUGCUCAUGUUUGAAGGACGCGCGGAAGUUGUUCGAUGAAAUGCCUGAAAGAAAUUUAGUUUCUUGGAACGUGAUGUUAAACGGGUACUCAAAAGCUGGACUUAUUGAACAGGCUAAGGAAUUGUUUGAUCAGAUUACUGAGAAAGAUAUUGUCUCAUGGGGAACCAUGAUUGAUGGGUGUCUCCAAAAGAAUCAGCUUGACGAAGCUCUGGUUUUCUACACCGAGAUGUUGCGCCGUGGAAUGAAGCCUAGUGAAGUUAUGAUGGUAGACCUUCUCUCAGCUUCAGCUCGAUCAGCAGGCGGUUUCAAGGGUUUGCAACUUCACUGUACCAUUGUGAAAACGGGUUUUGAUUGUUACGAUUUCUUACAAGCAACAAUUAUACACUUCUAUGCCGUUUCUAGUAACAUGGAACUCGCUCUUCAGCAGUUUGAAGCAAGCGUGAAGGACCACAUUGCGUCACGAAACGCGUUGAUUGCAGGAUUUGUGAAGAAUGGAAUGAUUGAGCAGGCAAGGGAAGUAUUUGAUCAGACUCGUGAUAAAGAUAUAUUUUCAUGGAACGCUAUGAUAUCGGGUUAUGCGCAGAGUCUGUCGCCUCGCUUAGCUCUACACCUUUUCCGUGAAAUGAUCAGUAGUAGCCAAGUGAAACCAGAUGCAAUCACAAUGGUCAGUGUUUUCUCUGCAAUCUCAUCACUAGGAUUGUUGGAAGAAGGGAAAAGAGCGCAUGACUAUCUAAACCGUAGCUCAAUUCCUCACAACAACAAUCUAACCGCUGCUAUAAUCGACAUGUACGCCAAAUGCGGAAGCAUCGAAACCGCUCUAACAGUGUUCCGACAAACAAAGAACAUUUGUUCUUCAACAAUCUCUCCCUGGAACGCUAUCAUUUGCGGGUCAGCGACACACGGCCGUGCAAAUCUAGCGCUUGAGCUCUAUUCCCAUCUCCAAUCUCUCCCCAUCAAACCAAACAGCAUCACAUUUGUCGGUGUCUUGAGCGCCUGCUGCCACGCGGGGCUGGUGGAGUUAGGUAAAACGUAUUUCGAGAGCAUGAAGAGCGGUUACGGGAUCGAUCCAGACAUCAAGCAUUAUGGAUGUAUGGUUGAUCUAUUGUGUAAAGCUGGGAGAUUAGAGGAAGCAAAAGAAAAGAUCAAGAAGAUGCCGGUGAAAGCGGAUGUGAUCAUCUGGGGGAUGCUACUGUCGGCUUCACGGAUUCACGGGAACGUCGAGGUUGCCGAGCUUGCGGCAGCUGAGCUGGAGGCGAUCGAUCCGUCUCACGGAGGAUGUAAAGUUUUGCUUUCGAACGUUUAUGCAGACGCAGGAAGAUGGGAAGAUGUAGCUUUGGUAAGAGAAGAGAUGCGAAUCAGAGAUGUUGAGUGGUCACGUGCCUUCAGUGGUGUUGUGUGA